AUGGCUUGGGGCAUCAGCAAAAAGCCCCAAACUGAUGAUAAUGGCGAUAACCCUUCGCACAAACAGUCACCCGAAGGCCUUUCUCCCCCUCAUCUAAAACUAAACCGGGAGCUGCAGAAGCUUGUGAACCGCGAAGAAGAGCUGCUGGAUAAGGUCUAUGAUGGCUACGCCGCCGAUUCCACUGAUACUAAAUACCGAUAUGCCGCAUAUACCAACCGUAUCCGCACCAUCCUACUCUCCGCCCAUCGUUAUGUAGCUUAUACAUCCGACAUUGGCGAAUCCUUCCGUCCAGUUGCUCACCCUUGGCUCGUGCGCUUUGCAUACGGCAUCUCCUGGGCUUAUAUUUUAGGAGACGUCGCCAAUGAAGGAUACAAAGCCUAUCUGCGGAACAGACUGCGACCGAGGCCGUGGCCUGAGGAUCUAGCAAUCGACGCCGUCGCUGGACGCAAGCUAGAACACCAGCAGGAGGCUACCCUCACCUCCACUGCGUCAAAGGCGCACCCCAUGCCUUGGCCAGAUCCAGAGGGGGAUAUCCUUGUGCCCUGGCUGACGACAAAGAUACCCCUUUCUGAAGAGUAUCGCGCUGUUAUGGCGGAGCGCGCCGUUUUUCAAGUCAUAGCUAGUAUGGGGUUGCCCGCUUUAACGAUACAUUCUGUGGUGAAGUACUCUGGACGCGCUUUGAAGGGUGCGAAGAUCACUUUGGUACGGACAUGGGUGCCAAUCGGGCUUGGUCUCGCGGUCGUCCCUUUCCUCCCCUACAUGUUUGAUAAACCGGUCGAACACGGGGUUCAGGGGGCAUUCCGGAGUGCGUUCCGUGUCAUUGAAGGAGAAAAGGCUGUAUCACAGCCUGCGGAAGAGAGCCAGACAUCUUCAGCGAUCCUCUCUAAUUUAAAGCGGUACCAAGAGCAGAAGAAACACCAAAACGAGCCCAAGAAACCAGAAAUGGAAAAGGGCGAUUGA